CACUGACGGCCCGGACUCACACAAGUCUCUCCACAGGUUUCCCUUUGGCUCCUCCUUCCUCCUGCCCGAAGAGCGCAUGCUCUGAGCGGCCGCCAUCUUGGUACACCCGGAAGUGGGCGGUACAGAGCUUUUAAAUAGCCGAGAGAAUCCCCAGCCGGGUUCAGUCUUCUGUGUCUGUCCCGGCGGGUGAGUUUCUGUCUUUGGUGCCACCAUGGCGAGCUGGAGCGAUCUCAGCACCAGGCAGAAGGUGGCGCUGGCACUCGGGGUGUCCGCGGGGGCGGCCAUGCUCUGUGUAUUUUACGCAAAGUACCGCAGCGGGCAAGCGCCGGCAUCUACGGAGAGCAACGAGGAUACCGAGGAACUUCGAAUGAAGAUCUCUCAGCGCGCGGUGAAGCCACUCUCGGCUGGAGAGGAUGAGGCCAUUGGUCAGCUCUCGAAGCGAACGUCCACUCGUAUCGAGCUGAGCCAAGUCAUCGACUCCGAUGGGCGCCAAGAGCUGACGAUCAGAGGGAGCCCCGCCCAGGUGCGCCACGCCCAGGAGCUCCUCCCGGGAAUCUUACAGGAUGAUGCCGUGAUAGAGGUGGAGCUGCACCUACCGGCCAGAUCCGUGUGCCGGAUUAUAGGAAAAGGAGGGCAGAGGGUUCGGGAGAUGAGUAAAACCUCCGGCGCCAAUAUCCAGUGUGAGCGCCAGCCAGACAACUGCUUGGACCUCGCGAGGUGCAUCACCAUCACCGGAUCGCUGAAGCAAGUGGAGGCCGCCAAGGCUCUGAUCCAGAAGGUGUUGGAGGACGACGCCGCCAUCUGGAAAAAUCCAGCGGUUUCUUCCAACUUCCGGUCGCACAAGAAGACCAUAAUCGCCGUAAAGAAGAAAGACAAGCCGCCCCCCGCUGCCAAGGAGGGCGCCACCCCAAGCACGGGCUCCCCGGAGAGUUUCCACACCGCCGACUCUCCGGAGGAAAGGAUGGGCGAGGAAUCCGAGUCCCGAAAUCUCGCCAACGCUACGUUCAAUGUCUACAAGUUUGAGGUUCCCAGCCCGGACUUCAACUUCCGCGCCGGCGAGUUCGUGGAAAUCUGCGUCUCCGCCACGGAGAACCCAAAACAUUUUUGGAUCCAGAUCCUCGGCUCGCGGGCCUCGCAGCUCGACAAGCUGACCACGGAGAUGAGCGACUUUUACUUGAGACAGAAGCAGGGAGAGAUGGCGGAGAUUCAGAACGGAGAUAUCGUGGCGGCUCCGUUCCACGCUGACGGUUUUUGGUACAGGGCGGAGGUCCUGGGAUUACCGGAGAACGGCCAGGUGGAUUUGUAUUACGUGGACUAUGGCGACAACUGGGCGUGCCCGAAAGGGCACCUCUUCCCGCUCAGGAGUGACUUUCUCAGUUUGCCGUUCCAGGCGGUGGAAUGUGGCCUCGCGUAUGUCGUUCCGAACGGUGAGAAGUGGUCCUCCGAGGCCCUGGACACGUUUGAUACCUUGGUGCACUGUGCCAAGUGGAAACCCUUGUUGGCCAAGAUAGUCAGUUUCCCGUCCCCGGAGGUCUCCCACUUUCAGAUCCAGCUAUACGACCCAUCUAAGGACCCGAUGCUGGAUAUCGGCCAGGAACUCAUUAGUCUGGGACUUGCAGUGGAGCAACGGAAAAGUCCUGUGAAGUCGGACGAGGAUGAGACAACGGUAUCUCGACUUUUGACGGAAGUCACCAGCAUGUCUGAGAAGCCAGAACCCACAAGCUUUGCAAAACUACAAGAGGAGGAACCCCGGCUGGAGUCUGAUGAGUCCAUCGAAGUCACACGGGCAGAUGUGAACCGCAGCCUGGAGCUACAGCUGGCCGACGCCUCGUCUCCACCGCCUCUCCUGCAAAUCUCCACAGCCGACAGCUUGGAGAUGAGCUUGUCCAAAAUCUGCCUGGGAAGCAGUGAGGACCCUGCUGCCGCCGCCUCCUCCCCCACCUCCGACAAAUCGGCCACCUCCGACAAAUCGGCCACCUCCGACAAAUCGGCCACCUCCGACAAAUCGACCACCUCCGACAAAUCGGCCACCUCCGACAAAUCGGCCACCCCCUCCUGCCAUUCGGCCUCGGUGGAUUCCUCCUUCUCCUCCCUAACGACCUCCACCGACUGUUCUACAUGCACGGCCUCCGAAGUGGGCAGCCCCGUGUCGUCCAUGGAGGACAGCAGCAUCAACUCCCUACGCGGCUGCUUCUACUACUUGGAGGACGAAGUGUCCACCAGCUCAGUGUUUGACGACUCCAAGGAGGUCAUUACCAUCAGUUCCGACAGCGAGGAGGAGAGCGGAGUACUCCAGGAUGGUGCCAAGCAGGCUGCCACCAAACCCGAGACCUUGAAUUCCUCAAGUGAUGAUGUCAUCGUGGUGGAGCCGAAUGAAGCCUAAAUGCCUCCGGGGGGGGGGGGGGGCAGUACUUUGUUGCACACUUGCACGUUCCAGUUCCCAAUGUUUACAUUUGUAUUUAUAGAUUUCCGUUAUUAAAGUUACAAUGUUAAUUUAAAAUGA